AUGAACUCUUCUCACUUGUACGCUUAUUCGGACCAUCGUGAAGAAAACAGCGCUUGGAUUUGGAACGAAGGAGAAAGCAGUUCACGGCUCUUCUUCAUUUUUUCGCUCAUACUUCUGAUUCCACAAGUAUUCUCCUCAUCUACGCACUUGGCUGUGAUCUCUCCCCAAGACCCGACACUUCCCAUCGGCUCCAAUCUGACAGCCUCCUGUACCGUCAGCGCUCAUCUCGGCCUGUCGGCCAGCUCUCUGUACUGGACCCUGAACGGCAGACGUUUACCCAGCACCAUGUACACCAUCCUGGGCCCCACCACACUGACUCUCAGCCUGCACGGGCUCAACGGCUCCCGGCAGCGAUCGGGAGACAACCUGGUUUGUCACCGCGGCAACGGCGGAGUGUUGGCGGGAUCCUGUCUUUAUGUUGGCAUGCCUCCUGAGAAACCAGUGAAUCUCUCCUGCUGGUCCCGAAACACCAAAGACUUGCGGUGCAGCUGGAGCCCCGGAGGGCAGGGAGAGACCUUCAUUAACACCAGAUACGCUCUCAAGUACAAACUGAGGUGGUAUGGGAGAGAGAAAGUAUGUGAAGAUUACAGUGCAGGGCCAGGCUACUCAUGCUACAUCCCACGGGAUUUGGCCAUUUUUACGCCGUACGAGAUCUGGGUGGAAGCCACCAAUCAGCUUGGCUCUGCCAUCUCUGAUGUCAUAACGUUGGAUAUCCUAGACGUGGUGACCACAGACCCCCCCCCUAACGUCCAGGUAAGCCGUGUGGGGGAUUUGGAUGACCUCCUGACGGUGCGGUGGGGGAGUCCCCCCGCCCUCAAAGACUACCUCUUCAGGGCCAAAUACCAGAUCCGUUACAGACUGGAAGGCAGUAGAGACUGGACGGUGGUGGCUGACGUGGGGAACCAGACGUCCUGCCAGCUGGCGGGCCUGAGACCUGGGACGGUAUAUUUCGUCCAGGUCAGGUGUAACCCCGUGGGAAUAUACGGCACUAAAAAACCCGGCAUCUGGAGCGAGUGGAGCCAUCCCACUGCUGCCUCCACGCCCAACAGCGAGCAUUUGUGCGACUCUAAACCCGGGGAGCAGAACUCCACGUUGCGCAAGGAGCUGAAGCAGUUUUUCGGGUGGAUGCGCAAACACGCUUACGGCUGCGCAGACGUCAGCAUCAAGCUUUACGACCAGUGGCGCGUGUGGUUGCAAAAAGCUCACAAGAAAGCACAGCCAGGUCGGUACUACGGAGCGGUAAAUCACAGCACGCAGCAAACAUGA